AGUUGCCAUUUGAAAUAACGUGCGAGCGCAUGUGUGUAUUGUGAAGUGUUGUGUUGUGACGAAAGGAGUUCAUUGCAAACGUGUGAUACAGAAUGGAGUAUUUAAUGAAAAAGAUGUGGCUGUCGUGUCUAGUGGCGUCCUCUGUGAUCAGCAUAGCGGCGUGCGCCGGCAACGAGUAUCUCCCCCCCAGCAAAGGUUACAGCUACAAACCACCGCGUAUACCAUUCAUCACACCAACGAAGCCUCCACAGCCGCCUGUGACGUCACCACCACACAGACCGCAGCCUUAUUUACCUCCCGUAAGCACAACUAGACCCUUCCCUAAACCGCUGCCAACACCCAAACCGCAUGGGCAGCCAGACCAUCCCCACGAGCAUCAUGAUCAUCACGACCACCACGAUCACCAUGACCACCACGACCACCACCACCACGAGCCCGGUAUGCCGUUCGACUUCGCAUACGCAGUGAACGAGGACGGUAAUGACUACAAGCAUAACGCGGUGUCUGAUGGUGAUGUGACGCGGGGCGAGUACAGAGUAGCGCUGCCUGAUGGUAGAGUGCAGAUUGUGAAGUACACAGCUGACUGGAAGAACGGCUUCAACGCUGAUGUUUCAUACGAAGGAGAGGCCAGGUAUCCUGAACCAAAUACCAAUUCGAUCAGUGCGCCAAACCAAGGCCAGGCAUACUUACCUGCCAACCAAGGAGGUGGUUACAAAUAUUAAAAAUAAAAUAAAAAAAAGCAGGAAAAAAGUGAUCAUAUAUUUGGUUUUGACAAAUAAGGUUACUCUUAAUAAUGUUGUUAUUGUGAAAAACUUAAUAUAAAAGCAAAUUUGUAUUUUUUUAAAUUAGAUGAUGGCAACAUUUAAAUUAAGUUACCAAUAAAGUUACCAUAAUUUAAAAUAUACGUGCAAUUGUUUAUUAUCAAAUGAAAGUUUAUUCUAAUAUUUCUCUAUUUCUAAUACAUUUUGUGUAAUAAAAUAUUUAUCAUGAGAUUUAAAAUAGUGUAGGUAUAGUUAGGUUGUCUUUUUUUUGUUUAAAAUAUUAUGUACAACGAAAAUCCAUAUUUAUUUGCAAAACAUAUUCUUAUUGCAUAGUUAAUUACAACUAUUAAAUGAAAAGGAAUAAAAGGAAAGAAUAAAUCUAUAAACAAACACAUUUUUAAUAGAUUUGAGUAAAUAUUUUAAUUAAGUAAAAAUGAUUUUUACACUCCUGUGUUUCUAUUUUCUUGAUCUUGUUAAAAAUUUAUUGAUUUAUAUUUAAAAUACUCAUUUUACCACACAUUUCUAUAGUUUAUUGUGAACCGUGUGAAAUAAUGUCCUUUUGUACCUUAUUUUGUAAUAAAAUUAUUUUACUUUUAAA